CACACUGCUAUACAAAAAAAAAUGUAGAAACAAUUUAUUAUCGUCUACUUUUAAAAAACGUGGAAUUCCAUCAGAGAUUUUCAUGUGUGAAAUUAUUUCAGUAGAAUUUGAAACGAAUCAGUUUACUCAGGCUAUAACAGAACACUCUAUAUAAACUGUUAACAAGAAAUGCGUAGAAAGUCAUUCAAAAGUCUGUUUCGGCAUAAUUGACUCGAAUAAAAUUCAUUUGAUUAGUAAUGCUGUUCAAAAUGAAUUUCACGCUAAUGAUUUUGUCAGGAUAAAUGAUGAAGGCUUCACAAAUAACACAUUCAGUUCAAUGAAUGAAUCAACAAGAAAGUCAUCUGCUCGAGUUACAAUUCUACUUUGCCAUUUCAAACUACACAGUGUGUGUAGAGGGACCAUCUAGCUAACUGAGCAUUUAAAAGUAUCUUCAAAUCCAGGAAAAUCCAUGAACACACUAGAAACAUAACAAUGUGUUAAAAUAAUUGAACAAUUUGUUUUAAAACAGAAUUAUGUCAUGGAAAGUGAUUAAUUUUUAGUGAGGGGAAGGGUGAUAGGUACGGUCAAUUACAAGUGCCUAAAUAAACGACAAGUUGAGAUUUCCUUUUGCUCCUUAACAGAUUUCGAGUUUAUGUACUCUGAGAUUUUAUUUGGGAACUUCUUAGUCAAGUACUUCGUCGUUUAUACUAUGCCGACGAGUGCAUUCACUGCAGAUAGAAGUGUCAAACAAGCGACUGACAAUACACUGAACAGUAGCAGAUAAUAAAUACUAAUAGAAAUAAGAAAUAAGCGCACACACAUCAAAACAACAUACCACGUGAUAUGAAAAAUUAGUAAGAGAAUGUUGGUAUUAUUCUAUUCUAAUUUUGCAGACUUAAUACGUGAUUCAUUUUAACAAACUUUUAAUGAUUCAGUCUGACUGCCUGCACAAAUUAUUCCAGGAAGUUAGUAACGUCUACAGUCUGGAAACUUGUAAUCUUAAUGCGUGAUUGUCGUUGUCUUAAAAAUCCACACACAUCACUAUAGUCUUCCACUGAAUAAGUCAGAAUACAUAGACAACUUCCCAACGAAUUCAAACACUAUGGGUGAUAAUGGAAUUUCCUGUCUUAUUGUUCACAUGAUCAGAACGUGAAGAGAAUCCACAUUUAUCUGUUAAUUGCAAUUGCUACAUCCCUUCGAUGUGUCAGUUACUUACUGUAGCAAUUUGUGUUUCAAAUAAACCUCAGUUUACAUAUUGACCAAUUAGUGCACUGAAAUAAAUCAACUGUCAGUGAACAUUUUAAAUACGCCAGUCAAAUAUAUCACCAUCGAUUAUAUCAGCCGCUGAUACCAUCCAUUUUGAUACAUACAGAGUGAACCUUAAUGCUGAAUUGGCUCUGGUAUGAAAAUGAUCAUUCUGAAAACUUCCAAUGACAUUAUUACUGAUGAUGACUGGCAUUUUUCAACUUAGACCUUCGUGUUAUUCAUGUUAUCUGAAGAAAGAAUCAAGCGGCACAAUGUGAACAGAUAUGGAGGCGCCUUUAAUUCUGACACAGUGAAUUCUCUUUACAUUUUUUGACUAUGAUUUCUAUUGAAAAUACAGCAUUAAGAAUAUGUCUUACUUAAACAAGAUAUCCAACUGGUUUACAGAGACUAUAUGAUACUUCUCUAUCGAUAUCCAAUCGGUCAGUUCGUUUGACAGCCUACUUUCAAAUUUCAACGAGAAGUCUCUUUUCUGAGAGGUUCGAAGCUAGAAUCGCACCUACCGGAAUGAAUGUGACUGUAGCAACCUGUGAAAGCGCAGUCUAUAAAUAUUCCAAUUUCGUAAAUGUAUCAGAGUGUUCACUGGUGGUAGGUGAUAUUGAAUUCAUGAAUCAAAUCGAAAUGGUUAAGUAUUUCAACGUUCAACUUAUCGUGCCCUUUUUAUCAUCCGGUCUCUUUACUUUAAACUCAUCUUCAGUUACUCCUACAUAUGCUGAAAUACAUCAUGUGGAGUAUUUGUACGUUGAUAAGGAUAAUUCCAAUGCAAUUAGAAAUAUAAGACUUAUAUCAGAAUAUAUACUAGGUGCUUCAAAUACACGGAGAUUCGAAGCAAACACAAUCCUGGGUAUUUUUGAAAAUAACAAAACUUCAUUGAGUGAUACUUAUAAUUUCAGAGUUGGGAUCAAGUUUUAUUUUAAUGCCGCGGUUACAGUAGGCAGUGUAAUCAGCAUAAGAUUUCAAGUUACUGCAUCUUCGACAAGUUUGCCAAGAGUACAGAAAAAUGUCCCAAUAACAUCUAUAAUAAUGCCACCUACUACCGCACCGCUCUCCAAAUAUCCUAUACUUACCCUUAGAAAAAUUGAUCCCUACUAUUCAAAACCAAUGGUGCAGUUUACAACCACUCUAGAAGCUCGUGUCAGGUUCAUGAUGGAUUUUCUAUACAGUCCAAUCGUAAUUCAGUUAAAUUCAACUGGAGGAACACUAUACAGACACGCUGUUUUUACAGUGGGUCAUAUAUUAGAUACCACGACACCUAUAGGGUUGCCUAUUAUUACGGGAGCGAGAUUAGCGCGAUUAACAAUACAAUCAGUAUACUAUAACGAGACGUGCAAUGAUGGUCGUUGUGAAAUAGCAGUCCGUUAUUCCCUAUACCUAGACAGUAAUAGCCCAAUUCUAGUCACUUCAGUAGUCUUGUUUGGUACAUUGCCUGUUGUCAAGACAGAAAAUAUUACACCUCAAGUCUACAAUGCCAGCUUCUUAACGUCGGCGAUCCCGCCUUCAGAUGUGGAACUGGUCUCCUGUAAAUCCCCACUUGCGAAAAAUAUAGUUACUCCAAACGCCAUAACACAACUGAGACUAGUCAUCUUUUUAAACCUUUUGUACAUAUUUAUGUGGCCAACAAUAUUCGGUGCAGGCUCCGCGUUAACCUUGGUCAACUCGGGGGCGACUUUUGUUGAAAAUGAUUACUCGAUUACUAUAAGCAAUGUUUACUAUGAAGCCUGGAACAAAGACUCGGCUUUAUCAUCAUCCAAUACAGUACAAUCCCUUAUUCCUAUUUUCGUGAGAGAAACCACUACAGGACCACUGAAAAUUUCUUACAUAUUGACUGUUGGCUCAACAAAUGUCUCCGGCUAUUACACAUUCUAUACUGGUGCUCCUGAAGUAUCUACGCCAAAUCUCAGUAUCCAAUAUUCACCAACUCUCACCCACCCAAAUGGUCUCUAUGGACAUAUGUGCAGUGGAACGACUUUCGCAUUAUUAGCAUGCCAUAUAUUGCGUGACAGUCGUUGUGCAUUUUACACAGCUUGGAUUAACCGAAUUUCUCCAGGAGUCGGGUCAAUGAAUGUGUCACAAAUGUCUUCUUCAACAACACAAAGCGGUGUGUACCGUCAAACAAGUUACAGCUUAAACAUGACUUAUUUAGGCGAUGUGAUAAGAGCGGAUUACGGUCCCAUAUGUGUAAUUUCUGAAAUGGACACCCGAAUGUGCAUCCGCUGGACUGUGAGAUUAAUGGGCGAUUGUAAUCAAACAACGAUGUAUAACUUUGUAUUUCCAGUACAGGUCCAGAUCAGUGGCAGGCCAGGCAAUAUAAGUGUUGGGGAUGUUACAUUCAGUUUCCAACCACUUAAUCCAAUCUAUAGCCAAAUGACAACUGAACUAACUCCAACUGACAUGACCUUGCAACCAGGUCAAAUAGGAAAUUUCACGAUAAAAUAUGCAAUUCCACUCUAUACUAGCUACACGAAAUUCACUGUUAGUGUUAACUGUACUGCAAAUACAUCUAAUGUUGACGCUGUCUUGACCGUGAAAGGAUUCCAAGUAGAUGUGGGUUCUAAUUUAGUUAAUGAGACAAGUGCGUACUCAUUCAAUUAUUCGUCGAGUUACAAAACUGGCCAGCUAGAUCAACUGACAGUAUAUUUUGACAGAGUUAUCAACAGUGCUACUGCUCUUGGUCUUUUGAUACAAAAUACUCUCUCCAUAACGGUGAACAUCCAGCUGAGUGAUAGCCAACGUGUAGAAAUUGGUACUACAUGGCCCGUGCAAUUCACAACUACAUUUACAAAUACGAGUACUGUUACAAGAUACAACAACUCUUCCGUGACAUGCACAAGAACAGGUUUGGAGAAACCGAUAAUUCAGUUCGCACUGUCUCAACUCUCAGUGAACACACUUCAGGAUUGCGUAGACAGAUAUCUAGUCUACAUUCAAACUCUAGUUCAAAUGAACAACGAGACUGGAUUAGAAUGCGAAACACAGUCGAUAUUUUUCUACUUUGGUUCACCAGUGGAGUCAAUCAAUGUGUUUAAUCAAACAGGGAAUAAUAGUGAAAUAUUAACUACAAUCCCUCUAGAUCCUGCAACGAGAUCGGUUAAAUUUUCAGUUGGUCCUUUAUAUUUCGGUCAGAAAUAUUCAAUUGUAUUUCAAGUGAAAUAUCCAAAAUCUCUUCGUCCUCCUGUCAACAAACUUCCUGUGCUGGUUGAAGUUGUAUGCAAACCCUACGAGCGUAGCAUCGCCUUCAGAAAUAGAUGCAGGAAGCCAAAAUUCUUCAGAUUCAUGUCUCCAAUAAGAGUUGAAGUUGACUACCGUGCGCAUACUUAUCCAUGCGACUUACCGCAUUAUGUUGCAAUGAAGAAUCCCAAAGUUCCAUUGUUGAGUACUCGACUGACCACAUUUCUGAAUGUUGGUGAUCGCCUUUUUUAUUGUGGCCGUGUGCUUAAUUGGAAGUUAUCAUUUGAAGAGCAAAGACGUUGCUUCAUGAUCAGUCCACUGCCUCAAAGAAUAUGGUCAGAUAUGGGACCAAGUGUCGCGCAAAUCUUAGCAUACGAUAACUCGUCAGGUGCCCUGCUCGGUUUGGGAGCCAACGGUGGAGGAGCGUUAAAGAGUCUGAACUUUGGAUUGAAAUGGAUCGCAGUCAAUUCAUUCGAGUAUCAAAGAACUGUGAAUGCUUCAACACAAAUAAUCACUGCGAGUGUCACACCUUGGAUUUCACUGACAGGAUCUUAUGAAGUUCAGUUAUUGAGUCAUCAUGCAGACUCAGUGUGUUGGGGCAGUGGAAAGUCUGUAUUGAUGGAAUUUAUGCAAAUCAACUUCUGA